GUGUACUUUCAAUUUACUGGAAAGGGCAAAAUGUACCCGAAAAGUACAAAUGUACUAGGAAUGGCAACUCUGGUUGUAAACCGUUUCGAAUUUUCAGUUACUUGAUGUAACGAAUAUUUCUAGUUUUCAAAUUAUCGAAACUAUUAACGUCAUUGGCCGAUUCAAAUUAAAUUUUUUUUAGGAUCGCGGCCCAAUAUCGUUAUCGGAAUGGAUUCCAAUCGUGCCAUUGGACAAACUAGGACUAAUCAAAGAUUCAAGACACCAAAAAUGGAAAGUAUGCAAUUCUUUUUGAAAUGGAAAAACCACAGCGAUAUAAUGGUUAACUUCAAUCAAUUAUGGGCUUCGGAAGAAAUGGUGGAUGUAAUUCUUUCGUGCAAAGAUGGAGAAAUGAAGGCGCAUCGAAUGAUGCUGAGUGCCAGCAGUCCUGUCUUCAGGAGAAUUUUCUCGAAUAGUCCCAGUCAAUAUCAGAUUGUCUUUCUUCGAAACACGAAGUACGCUGAGUUAAAAAUGAUUUUGGACUUCAUUUAUAAGGGUGAAAUAUGUGUGCCCGGCAGCCAACUGGGAGGACUCAUAAAGACGGCCGAAGAGUUAAAGAUAAACGGAUUAGGAGAAUUUGGGGAAGUAGACGAAGAAGUGAUAGAGGAAUCCAUCGACUUUCCUUACAAUCCACUGAAGGAAAGGAUAAGAGAGAGAGAAAGCUCGUCGAGUGACAGCAUCGAAGAGAUCCCUGUGGAAACUAAGGAUCCCGAAUUUUCUUUCUCGACUCCGAACACGGCCAAGAAAUUGAAUUUUACUUCGCAUAAAGACAAAAUCGCAGAAGCUACAUCGGCCAAGAAUAAAUUAUUAAAGAUCGAAAACUCUUCAACAAUCAAACUACUGAAAGCCGCGAUUGAAGAGGAACAGAAAGGCGAAAGUCUCGAUUCGACUGCCAUAACCGAACCGAUCUUAUCGCAAGAUUUAUCUGUAUCUACAGUUUCAUCCCAGUCGUCUUUCGAAGUGUUAAAAUCUGUUAAACCUGUUUCAAAAGACUUCAAAAUAAAUGUUGAAAUGAAUGAGAUGCUAAAAGCUAACCAAAUCGAAACAUGGCCGAGUCAAAAUCGUCCAGAUACGAUUGUUUCCGACACAUCUGAAAAUCAAGCGGAUAAUUCGAAACUGUUAAGAAGCAAUUCUCGUGUAAUAGAAAAAUCUAUCCUAUCGAAGCCUAAUGAUUCUAAGGGCCUCUCAAUUUUGUGCUUGUUCUUCAGUAAGAGGAAUUUUAAUAUAUGGCAUUAUAGGUUAUAUUAUUCGAUAAUAUAACCUAUAAUACUAAACAGUAUAAACACUAUAUUUAUUGUCAAUAAAUAUUGUUGCUGUUUUGGCCUUUAAAAUUUCCAAUAUUCCAAGGCAAUGGAACAGGGUUCCUACAUUUUUUAUUAUUAGGCAUUAUCAAUUUUGAAUAUAUUGAUGGUAAGAAAUCUGGUGUUCACUAUUCUCAUGAAACAAUAAAUCAGUAAACUGUCUACACACAGUAAUAAGUUCUGGUACAUUGGAAUAAAGUUGCAAUACUGUAAAAGCUUUGUUUUUUGUGGACUAUUGCUCUAGAAACAUCAAUUUAUUUAAUUUUUGGAGUAUGUAUGAAUAAUUCAUUAACACAUUCAAUAAAGUGAAUUACCAAAUGUGUAGAAGCAUCUAUGUAAUGCAAUUUUUAAUGUAGUGAAUGUAUUCAAAAGAUUUUGUUUUUAAAAAUUAUAAAACAAAUAUUGUAAAU